UUCAUUCUUUCUCCAAGUAUUGUUGGCUGCAUAAGCAAAAUGACAAGCAUAGGGAAGCUGGGGCAAUGGCCUUUACUUGUAACUGCUUUGGCAAUUUGCUUUAUAGCCAGCACUGUUGUUGCUGAUUACUCUUAUGGGUAUGCUUCUCCCUUGCCUUCUUACAACUCUAAGAAGUAUUACAAAUCAUCAUCACCGCCCAAGUACCUAGUACCUACUCCUUACUAUAAGUCACCUACUAUUGCAAAACAUUAUUACAAGUCACCAGCUCCCGCAAAAUACUACAAAUCUCCAGCUCCAGUAAAAUACUACAAGGCACCAGCUCCUGCAAAAUACUACAAGUCGCCAGCUCCCGUAAAAUACUACAAGUCGCCAGCUCCCGCAAAAUACUAUAAGUCACCAGCUCCUUCAAAGAACUACUACAAGUCACCAUCACCCGCAAAAUACUACAAAGCGCCAGCUCCCGCAAAAUACUAUAAGGCGCCAGCUCUCGCAAAAUAUUACAAAUCACCAGCUCCCACAAAAUAUUACAAGGCACCAGCUCCCGCAAAAUACUACAAAUCGCCAGCUCCCGCAAAAUACUACAAGUCGCCAGCUCCCGUAAAAUACUACAACUCGCCAGCUCAUUCAAAGAACUACUACAAGUCGCCAGCUCCUUCAAAGAACUACUACAAGUCACCAGCUCCUUCAAAAAACUACUACAAGUCACCAUCGCCUGCAAAGUACUACAAGUCACCAUCCCCGGCAAAAUAUUACAAAUCGCCUACUCCCUCUAAAUACUAUAAGUCACCGCCACCACCAAAAUAUUACAAGUCCCCAGUUUACUACAAGUCUCCACCACCACCAACUUAUUAUGAGAAAUCACCUUCGUAUUACAAGUCACCUCCAUCUCCUCCAAAAUACUAUGAGCAGUUACCUUAUUACAAGUCACCUCCAUCCCCACCAAAAUACUAUGAGCAAUCACCAUCUUCUUACAAAUCUCCACCUCCACCAUACUACAAAGAAUCUACACCUUCCUAUAAAUCACCUCCACCUCCACCAAAAUACUACGAGCAAUCGCCUAUAACUUACAACUUGCCAUCUCUACCAAAAACCUAUGAAAAAUCACCAUCUUAUUACUCACCUCCACCACCUGCAAACUAUUACAAGCAAACUCCUAGCUAUGCCUCACCUCCACCACCUAAGAAUUACAAGGAUUCCGCUACCUAUGCUUCACCUCCACCACCUAAGAAUUACAAGGAUUCCGCUACCUAUGCUUCACCUCCACCACCUGAGAAGUACGAGCAAUCUGCCACCUAUGCUUCACCUCCACCCCCAUCAGUAUCUCCUCCGCCAACCUACUACUAAUUUUAACAAUUCAAUCAUUUUCGCCAUUUCCAUGACUUUUUAUUCCGUUUUGUCUUAUUUUUAGCAACUCCAUUUCCUCAGCCAAAAUUUGAUGUAUGCUUCCCGCAAUGAUCGGGUUUGCUUAUUAUGUGUUCAAUGUUCUUUUGUUUUAAUAAUUUGUAUUAUUUAUUGUUUGAUUUAAGUAAGAUCCUUGAGAUCUCCAUCAAUUCUGCUCAUUA